UUUUCAGUGGGUCUCUGCUGAUGUAUUUGGAGGUGGAAGAUUUCUUAGCAGAAGAAUGUCCCGUCGGAAGCAAGCGAAACCACAGCAACUCAUAUCAGACGAGGACCCUUCACUGCUGGAGCUGCUGCCCGAACACGUCUCAGGUGAAGGAGUGGAUGAUUCAGACAGUGGAAAUGAGAGCCGCAGUGGGAGUGAAGAGACCCAUGUGUGUGAGAAGUGUUGUGCCGAGUUCUUUAAGUGGUCAGAUUUCUGUGAACAUCUGAAGAGCUGUACCAAGAAUCCACUGGUGCUAAUUAUCAGUGACAAUGAAGUGACUUCAGACCCAGCACAGGAGUACGUACCAUCACCUGUGCCCAGCUGCACCAAUGAGCCUGCAGACAGCGAGGAUGCAGGUGAGGGCAUCCACAUGCCUGCUGAAGGUGAUUAUGGAGCAGAGAUGAUGCUGGAACAGGGUACUGUAUUGGACAAAGAGGAUGAGCCCAUGGAAGUGGAAAUGUCUCCUGAGAAACCAGAAGACGCUGAAGAUCAAGAUGCACAGGCAGAGCCAGACAUUAGUCUACCUCAACUUGAGGACUGCAGCCAGUCCUCUGGGGCAGGAUACACUAUACCCAGCACUAAUGUCACACUGGAAACACUUAAUGGAACCCGUGUGGCUGUUGCUCAGUUCUCCCAAGGUGCACUAGCUGCAGGAGUGUCAACUAUGGCCAUACCUAUGAUUCUGGAUCAGCUCAUGGCCUUGCAACAGCAACAAAUCCACCAGCUCCAAUUAAUAGAGCAGAUUCGGAGUCAGGUGGCCCUAAUAAACAAACAGGCCCCAACGCAGCAAGCCCUUAACCAACAUAAAGACCAUAGCAUGAAUCCUGGUUCAAAAGUAACCUCAUCAUCCAGCAUACCCACAGUGACUGGUCAGCUCCAGCUAUGUGACUUUAUUACACCCCCUGUACAUCAGCUUCCCAUCAAGGUGCCCUCUUUAAACGGACAGGUUCCAUCUUCAUUAUCUUCUGCUUUGGAGGACACCCUCUCCAAUGUUUCACAGACAGGUGGCCACCUGACCAGCUCUGGGAUGAGCAGCAAUACCACAACAAAUUCCUCAUAUCAAACAAGCAGCUAUAAUAUGCCUGCCUCCCAACUGCCACUAUGCUCAACAUCUAAUAGCAGCAGUAGCAGUAGCUGCACCAGUAUUAGCACCGGAACUGGGGGUGGAAUCAGUUGUGGUAUUUCACUUCCAAGAAACACACCUAGUCCUCUAAUGCUGACUCACGGAAGAUUGUUAACAUCCCCCUCCAGCCUCCCCAUCAUACCUCACAGCUCAUCCAGCAGUGUUAUCUACCCUAAUCCUCUGGCCAGUAUUGCGGCAACAGCAAACGCUCUUGAUCCUCUUUCUGCACUGAUGAAGCACCGCAAGGGAAAGCCCCCAAAUGUCACUGUGUUUGACACCAAACCCAGUUCAGAAGACCCCUUCUUUAAACAUAAGUGUCGAUUUUGUGCCAAGGUGUUUGGAAGUGACAGUGCCCUGCAAAUCCAUCUUCGUUCCCAUACUGGCGAAAGACCUUUUAAAUGCAACAUUUGUGGAAAUCGCUUCUCCACAAAGGGAAACUUGAAAGUUCAUUUUCAGAGACACAAAGAAAAGUAUCCUCACAUCCAAAUGAACCCCUAUCCAGUGCCUGAGUAUCUGGACAAUGUACCAACUAGCUCAGGUAUUCCUUAUGGAAUGUCAUUGCCCCCAGAAAAGCCUGUUACCACAUGGCUGGACAGCAAGCCUGUUUUGUCUACUAUCCCAACCUCAGUAGCACUGCAACUCCCUCCAACUAUACCCAGCAUAAUUGGAGGCUAUGGGGAAUCGUGUAGUCUCACCCCUUUAAGCAGGUCACCUCAAAGGCCAUCACCGCCAUCAAGUGAGUGUACAUCUCUGUCUCCUAAUCACCUAAAUUUUGAGGCCAGCAUGGCACACAUUUCCAGUUCACCACAACAUAGUGCGGUGAGUGACACACCUCCAGUUCUCAAAUCCGAAGCCAUUCAUAUACCACCCAGUUGCACCACCAGUCAUGGGGAGGUCAGUAUAUCCACCACUUCCAUUCCCCAAGUGAUUCCUUUGUCCACUGUCACAACCACAACUAGCACCAGAACACAGAUCACAGACUCAGUAAAUACUCCCUCUCUACAAAUUGUCUCCAAUCAGUUUAAGGCCACGUUUCCUUUUGGUGGCCUCCUGGACUCUAUGCAAACAUCAGAGACAUCCAAACUACAGCAACUUGUGGAAAACAUUGAUAAGAAGAUGACAGACCCUAACCAGUGUGUCAUCUGUCAUCGUGUGCUUAGCUGUCAGAGUGCCCUAAAGAUGCAUUAUCGCAUCCACACAGGAGAAAGACCCUUUAAAUGUAAAAUAUGUGGCCGUGCUUUCACAACCAAGGGGAAUUUGAAAACGCACUUUGGGGUCCACAGGUCCAAGCCCCCUCUUCGAGUACAGCACUCUUGCCCUAUAUGCCAAAAGAAGUUCACUAAUGCAGUAGUUCUGCAGCAACACAUCCGCAUGCAUAUGGGGGGGCAGAUUCCUAACACGCCCCUGCCUGAGGGUUUUCAGGACAUGGACAGAGAUCUCUCCUUUGAUGAAAAGAGCCUAGAUGACUAUGAUGAUGAGCUAAUUGAUGAGAUUGAGCAAGCAAUGGAAGAUGAAGUUGGUCUCAAAGAGGGAGAUGUGGACCCAUCUAAACCACUCCAUUCAUACUACAAAAUGUCUCUAAGUAACUCACCCCCAACCUCUCUUUUCUCUAGCAUUGUUGCCUUGGAGAAUGAAAUAAAGCUGACUGACCCAGCAGUUAACAUGCCCCCCUUCUUCAGCCCGAAGCCUCCAGAAAAUGGUAGUGGAACUGAUUGGGAAAAUGGAGACAUGUUUAAGAAUGACUCAUCUUCUACUGUAGGAGACAUAGAGAAUCACAGUAUUGGGAGUCCGGCGCAGUCUGAAUCAUCCAGCUCUAUGCAGGCUUUGUCUCCUGCCCUCAGCCAGUCUGAUAACCACUACUCAAAGUCCCCAAGUCAGGUAGUCAGCUGCGGCAAGGAUGAGGCUCAGGAUCCCACAGCAAUUAAUACAACAGUGAAGUCUGAAAAUUCCGAUACCCCUUCUGCUGGAUCAGAGAACACCGGUGCAUUGGAUCUCACUGCCACACAGCCUGCCAGGCCGUUUGUCAAAAAUGAGAACCAAUUCAGUCUGCUGUUCCUUGGUAGAGACAGAGGUUUAAACACUUCAAAAAUUAUGAGCUCAGAAGCAAGCAUAGUCAAACUUGAGAUGAAUGGACACAGUAAGGCACUGUCCGUGCAUGAGAGCUCCCACUUACCAGUAGGCCUCCUGGCACCUGCUACUGCCCCUCAGGCAACAAUAAGCCCCAACCUCACUCCAAUGCUGGCACCGCCCCCAUCUCGGCGUACCCCCAAACAACAUAACUGCCACUCAUGUGGGAAGAAUUUUUCGUCAGCCAGUGCUCUUCAGAUCCAUGAGCGCACUCACACAGGAGAAAAACCCUUUGGCUGUUCCAUCUGUGGUAGAGCAUUUACCACAAAGGGAAAUCUCAAGGUCCACAUGGGAACCCACAUGUGGAACAACGCCCCAGCCCGGCGGGGAAGACGGCUCUCUGUGGAGAACCCUAUGGCUCUUCUAGGUGGAGACGCUAUGAAAUUCAGUGAGAUGUGUCAGAAAGAUCUCGCAGCGCGAGCAAUUAACGUAGACCCAGGCUUCUGGAAUCAGUACGCUGCAGCCAUCACCAAUGGACUGGCACUGAAAAACAACGAGAUCUCAGUCAUUCAGAAUGGAGGCAUUCCUACAAUCCCCAUUAGCCUGGGUGGGGGUGGCAUCCCUGCUGUAGGCACAAUGACUGGAGGAAUGGAGAGAUCUCGUACUGGGAGCAGCCCUCCAGUGACUGGACUAGAGAAAACUAACCUGGAGUUGAGAACUGGACGUCCCUUCUCCAGAUUCAUGGAAGAAAACAAAGAGAUUGGGAUCAAUUAAUGACUUACAUAUAGAAAAUGACACAGACAAAAAGACUAAUGAAUUUAUUACAAUUUGAAAGGGAACUAUUAAUACAGUUUGAGUUCUUAUGUACUAUAUUAUGUAGCUAUAAAGUCUGAUAUGCUGUUUAGUUUUAGUACCCCUCAGUCAUACUAUUUCAUUCAUAGAAGGAAAACUGUCUUGUUUGAAAAUCUGUUGUCUUGCAAGGUUUGCAUGGUACUUAAUGGUUUCUACCAGUAUGUUUUCUAGUUGUAUGAUGCUCUGAUAUAUACGUGAGUGUCAGUUGACAUGGGUAAAAAAGACAAAAAAGAAAUGGUUGCUUUAUGUGAAAGAGAACAUGAAAUUGGAUAAUGUCGUGCUGAGCUUUUUUAAUUCAUUAACUAGACAACCGAUAGGAAAAAAGUCUUAACUAUUUUAACCUUUACAUUUAUUAUCCUGACAUUGUCUCAUGAGUGUCCUAUGUCUUUAGGAUUUAUGAUAUAAAAAAGCGGGUAAAAAAUGUAUUUAAUGGCCCUGGGGUUAUAUUAAUCCAUUUUAUUUUAUUUAUUUAUUAUAUUAUUCAAAUUAUAUCUUGAAAUAAAGACAGAGCAUUUCUUCAUCUUACCAGUGCAGACAUAUUGUGAAGUUUUCUUUAUAUAUUUUUUGUAUCUAGCAUGCAUUUGUGUAACAGAUGUGCUACACAAUGGGACAGCUACGAUAUCUAAAGCUGCUUUACUCACAAGCCUGAUUUUAACCUUUGUAAAGAAAUAAAAAAGAGAUCUUCAUAAACAUUGUGUAUACUUAGGACAAACAAACCUGGUAAAAUAUUUUGUAGCAUCACAAAAGAUAUGUUGAUUUGGAAUUUGACAUGUUUGUGAAUGCACUUUUUUGAGGAAUGGUCAUGUCUGAGAUUUUAUUAACAAUAGGACUGAGCUAUCUGUAACUCUUUCCUUUAUUCCUGUUCGCUUGUGGGGUUUGUAAAUGUGAGUUCUGGCUAUGGGCAAAAAUAAGAGCCUUUGGCCCCUGCACCAAAA